CUGAAAGACUCUGACAUGGAUGGCUUGAGGUCCCAGAUCUUCUUCACUGACCACUGCCUCCUCCACUGAUAAGUAAACAGAUUAUACACGACACAAGACCUUCACAGUCAUCGGCCAAAAUGGAUGAAGCACCAGCUCGGUCAUCUUUAUGUGGAUGUAUUUGUCGUCUUUUCCGGUGUACAGAAAAUGAUUCAACCACCGUGAAAGAAACGAAAACCUCAUCAGAAGGUGAAGACCAAGUGGAAGAAAAGAAAACCUCAUCAGAAGGUGAAGACCAAGUGGAAGAAAAGAAAACCUCAUCAGAAGGUGAAGACCAAGUGGAAGAAAAGAAAACCUCAUCAGAAGGUGAAGACCAAGUGGAAGAAAAGAAAACAUCACCAGAAGAUGAAAACCAAGCAACACAAAAUACAAUUUCAUCAAGAGGUGAAGGAGAAGCGAAUAAAGUGAAAAUCUCAUCAGAAGGUGAAGACCCAUGUUCUUCUAGUGUCCAAUAUUACUGCUGA